AUGCCCCUUUACGAUUGUAUGCUUCUGUUGAAACCCAACGUGAGCAGGGAGGCUAUGAUAGAUCUGCUUGCACGGGUUGGAAAGCACAUCUACAGAAGAAAUGGAGUGGUGACUGAAAUGAAGUCCUUUGGAGAGGUUCAUUUGGGUUAUGGCAUUAAGAAACUUGAUGGACGAUACUAUCAAGGUCAACUGAUGCAGAUGACAACAAUGGCCCCACCAAGUCUCAAUAGCGAGUUGCACUACCUCAACAAGGAGGACCGUUUGCUGCGUUGGAUCUUGGUAAAACACCGUGACAUAAAAUUGGAAGAGAAGAACGACGUUGAAAGUGAAAUGAGGAGCUUGAGAAGCAAUCUGUUUGAUGAUGAUAACACUGAGGAGGAGGAUGAUUCUGAUGGGGAGUAUUCAGGGGACCAAUCUGAAACAAUUGAGCAUCAAGAAUGA